AUGGAGGAGGCCUACAUCACCCACGACCAUGGCAAGCGGUCCACUUCCCCUUCCAACUCGGAAGAUUUUGUGUUGCAAAUGGACACCCACUCGCCUGAAACAGUCGACCAUCCCAAUCAUCGAUCCAAGGCCUUAGUCUCUCCCUCUUCAAAAAGUACAACUUCCGAUCCAGACGUCCUUUAUCCUCAUGACAACCCCCAUCCUCUCGACAAUGAGGCUAUCCAGGGUGAUGUGCUUCGCUCUUUUCUCUAUCACCAAAAGGAAGACGAGCCCGAGUACGAGUUACAACGGCAAUACACUGCUCGAUUGGAUGAUCUAUUGGAUGGCAACGAGAAACGACAGUCUCCAAAGAUCGAUGGUCCUCCUCAUCAUCGUCGAUACAGUGCUUAUGGUGAACAAUUCUUUGAACCUUCCAAGGUGAUGCGCAUCACGGACCGCUUUGUGUUUUACUCGGCCGAUUUGGGAUCCAUCAAGAAUUCAUCAUUGAAAAGUCUUUUAUUGAGCCAUGGUGAAAGUGAUAAACCAGUGGCGGAUCUUUUGCUCGAGACCAAUGGAUGGUGGAUUGAUGUUUUUGCACCAAGCAAUGAAGAAAUGAGACUUCUCAGUCAGAUCUUCCGAAUUCAUCCUUUGACAACUGAAGAUAUCCAAGCACAGGAAUCUCGUGAAAAGUGCGAGAUCUUUCAGCAUUAUAUGUUUAUCAGCUUCCGAAGUUUCAAUCAUGAUUUACACAGCGUUGAUUAUCUUGAAGCGGUCAAUUUCUAUAUCAUUGUUUUCAAAACUGGUGUAUUGACGUUUCAUUUCCAGCCUUUGCCUCAUCCACACAAUGUCCGACGACGCAUUCAUCAGCUCAAAGACUUUAUUCAUGUCACACCUGAAUGGAUCAACUAUGCCCUGAUCGAUGAUAUCACUGAUAGCUUUGCGCCUCUUAUCCAGCACACUGAGCUUGAAGUCGACUCCAUUGAUGAUUUGGUCCUUGUACUAAGCGGAUCGGAACAAACGGAUAUGCUUCGAAGGAUCGGUGCUUGUCGCAAGACCGUCAUGCAGCUCUUACGUCUUUUGGGUCCAAAGGCAGACGUGGUGCGAAGUUUGAUCAAGCGAUUUGGUGACAAGCCAAACGACAUCACCAACGAUGAUCGAAAAGAUGCACGUCGAGUACAACACGAGGUCACUCUUUAUCUUGGGGAUAUUCAAGAUCACAUUAUUACCAUGUUACAAAAUGUCAACCAUUAUGAUCUGGUUUUGGGAAGAGCGCAUCGCAACUAUCUUGGUCAAAUCUCCAUUGAGCUUUCUCAAGCAGGCAACACCACCAACGAAAUGAUCAAUCGCCUCACUUUUGUCGCCACCAUCGUUGUGCCAUUGAAUUUGGUAGCCGGUUUAUUUGGCAUGAACGUCAAAGUCCCAGGACAGGAUUAUAAGGAUUUGGUAUGGUUCUAUUGGAUCGUGCUGGGUAUGUUUAUGUACGUCGUUGCCAUGGUUGCUUUUGGCAAGCGGUUCGGCUUUAUUUGA